AUGGGAAUGGGAACGAAGAUCCUGGUCGAGCUCGAUGGGGAUCUCCAGGGCUUGAACUUGAAGGUCAAGGGGGGCGUUUGCUAUCAGUGCAGGGGCCUCUUGGUUGAUCAGGUGUUGCUCUGUAAGGAUAAAAAGUCUCCCUCGCGUGAGCCAUUGGCGGUGAUGCCCACCCUUUUCUUACCUGUGCAUUCCUCAAACGGGCUGCUCCCGAGCCAAGCUAGUGGCGUCUGCCGACCGACGGGAUCAGUGUUGGGGUCUGUGGCCGUCUUCCGAACGCCGUCGGCCCCUAGACGAAGCCAUCACGACAGAGAAAAUAAUAAGACACAACCGGAAGCAGAAGCAGCGGAAGAAGAAAAAGAAACGGUGGGUGACGAUAGGAAUGUGACUCGGUGGUGA